UUUUCAAUUAUAAAUAUAUUUGUCUCUCUCCUAUCUUUAUAGAUACAGAUCGUUUGUACACAAAGAAUGAGUUUGUCGUAAUAAUAAUAUUAUUUAAAAAGAAAAUAAUUAUGAUUUAUCUUCAAGAGGAAGUACGCGUACACGUAAUUAUAUUGAAAUGAUAAGCUGUAAAGUAAUACGAUGAACUGCGACUUAGAUAAUACAGAUAUAUCUUUAAAAUGGAACUCAAAUGUGCAAUUCAAACAUAUAAUUGGGGAAAACAUGGUAUGGACAGUAUUGUUGCAACUUUGAUGAAAUCAGCUAAUACUGAUUUUGUGGUGGAUGAGGAAAAGACUUACGCGGAACUAUGGAUGGGUACUCACGUGAAUGGUCCAUCGUAUCUCAAGGACACAAAUAUCUCCUUGCAGAAAUAUAUUCAAGAGAAUACUAAGGUGUUAGGUGAUACGAUACAAAUGUUUGGCUCUGACUUGCCUUUUCUCUUUAAGGUCUUGUCUAUUAAUAAAGCUUUGUCCAUUCAAGUGCAUCCAAAUAAGGAAAAGGCAAAAGAACUACACGAGUUGUAUUCAAAUAUCUAUAAGGAUCCAAAUCACAAACCAGAAUUAGCGAUAGCUUUGACCCCUUUCGAAGCACUCUGUGGAUUCCGUCCAAUCAAUGAAAUAAAUGAUUAUCUGAGUAAUAUACCAGAGUUACUUUCUGUGAUAGGAGAAACCAAUGUUCGCCGUUUACUUCAAGCAACCGAUUCUAUGGUUGGUGACGCUUUGCGACAAUGUUUUUACAGUCUUAUGACCUGUGAUUCUAAUGAAGUGACACAACAGUUGAGAAGUUUGAUAGACAGAUUGCACAAUACAGAUGAUUCUUACAGGCAGUGGAUAAAAGCCGAUGUAUUAAAACGCCUCUAUGCAGAUUAUCCUGGAGAUGUGGGCUGUUUUACAAUUUACCUGUUCAAUUAUAUAACAAUGCAGCCAGGCGAAGCCAUAUAUAUUGGACCAAAUAUACCUCAUGCAUAUCUUUCUGGCGAUUGCAUAGAGUGUAUGGCAUGUUCAGACAAUGUGAUACGAGCUGGACUUACACCAAAAGCAAAAGAUGUGCCAACUUUAAUACAAAUAUUAUCGUUUGAAUGCGAGUCAGCUUCUGCCAGAAAGAUUCAACCAUUCCGAGAAGAUGUGUUCACCGAAGUUUUUCGUCCACCGAUCCCAGAGUUUGCAGUAGCCAAGAUCACUCUACCACCUGGACGACCAUCUCACAAUUUAAAACCAAGGAAUUCAGCCAGCAUUCUAUUAAUAGUGAGUGGCAAAGCAGAAAUAUCUUCCAAGAUAUUUUCUCGCGGCUCUGUUCUGUUUAUCCCUGCUAAUGAAGCAGUGGAAAUUAAAGUUUUAUGUGGCUGUCAUCCUAUGCUGAUGUUUCAAGCAUUUCCAAAUAUUUAAGGAUAUAAAAAUCGACUAACAAAUCUCUUGCAAUGUUUGUAAAGUGCAAAAUAUACUUAAUUUUUUGUCUUUAAAACAAUUGGUAUAUCAAAUAACUUUUGGUAAGGAACGUCCAUUUUUCUAACUGCUAUAUGAUUGUAUAUAAUUUUUCUU